AUGACUCGCCCAAACGCUACUGAUCUAUGCACUCAAGCCUGCCAGCUGGUCCAACAGCUACGGACGAAAGAUGGAGAGCUGGGCUUUAUGUCCCCUGCAGUCUACGACACGGCCUGGGUCUCCAUGGUCAAGAAGACGACACCAGAAGGUCCUCAAUGGCUUCUGCCGGAAUGUUUCGAGUACAUUCUGCGGACGCAGCUAGAGGACGGCGGCUGGGAGACCUAUGCCUGCGACAUCGACGGUAUCCUCAACACCGCAGCCUCCUUACUGGCCCUGGAGAUCCAUGCAGAAAGCCGGAUUGCCCGCACUGAUCCUCCAGUGGCAGAGAUUAAGGAACGAAUCGGGCGGGCCCGAGCGGCCCUCUCGCGAGAACUGCAAGCGUGGGAUGUGAAAGAUACCGUCCACGUUGGCUUUGAAAUGAUUUUGCCCGCGCUUCUACGGCUACUGCGCAAGAAAGGGCACGAGUUUGAAUUUGACGGGCGAGCCGAGCUCGAGCGGCUGAAUCGCAUCAAGCUCUCCAAGUUCCGGCCGGAGUACCUGUACUCCGCCAGGACAACAGCGCUGCACUCGCUCGAGGCUUUUGUUGGUAUGAUUGACUUUGAUAAAGUGGCGCACCAGAAGGUCAAUGGCUCUUUCAUGUUUUCGCCGUCCUCCACGGCCGCAUUUCUCAUGUUUGCAUCCUCCUGGGACGAUGAUUGCGAACAGUACCUGCGAUUAGUGUUGCAGAACGGCGCGGGAUGUGGCAGUGGAGGAAUGCCCAGCGCUUAUCCCUCCAAGUAUUUCGAGGUCUCAUGGGUUCUCACCACGCUUUUGGACAAUGGAUAUUCGCCAAGUGAUCUCGGUAUCGAAGACACCGACAGCCUCGGCGAGAUGCUUCGCAAUGCGUUGGUCAAAGGAGGAGGUAUUGUAGGAUUUGCUCCGUCGAUCCAGGCGGACGCCGACGAUACCGCAAAAGCGCUGAUGACUGUGUCCUUGCUGGACAAACCACUAUCGGCCCAGGGGCUGAUAGAUGAAUUCGAGGGCCCGACUCACUUCCGCACCUAUCACGGCGAGAGAGAUCCCAGCUUUACGGCAAACUGCAACGUAUUGAUGGCGCUUUUGAACAGUCCGGACGCGUCCACUUUUGCACCCCAGAUCGAAAAAACAACGGCCUUCCUGUGCGACGUCUGGUGGACUGCAGACAGUGAGAUUGGGGAUAAAUGGAACCUCUCGCCGUACUAUCCCUCCAUGCUCAUGGCUGAGGCCUUUGGGAAGCUGCUGCAGGUGUGGUCGAACGACGGGCUCAAGUCGAUUUCCAGUCAGUUUAUCAGAGAUCGAGUGUCGAUCUGCCAGUAUCAGGCAUUAGUUCGCACGCUACAGUCUCAGAACGAGGACGGAUCCUGGGGCUCGCACUCUCACGAAGAGACGGCAUAUGCCAUCUUGACCAUCGCUCACGCAUGCCAGUUGCCCGUGGUGAAUCAACUGUGGACAAAUGUUCAAUCGGCUGUGUCUCGAGGCCGCAAGUUCCUGCAAAACAGCGCAGGCGAAAAACCGGAGUAUCUGUGGGUGGAGAAGGUGACAUAUGGCUCGAUUCUCCUCAGUAAGAGUUAUGUCCUAGCGGCGCUGAAGGUUUCCUGCGAACGAUCUUAUCCAGCUUGUCUGGCGGAGUUGUUCAACAUCAGCAAGAAGAGGGUUAUGGAAUUCGCACGCUUCAACUCUAUGCUUCCCCUGUUUUCCGGUAUGGAGCCCUGGAAGAUUCGAGCUGCCGUCGUAGAGGGUUACCUGCUCCUACCACAGCUGCGCGACCGACGUCUUGCUGUCUUCCCUCGCACGGGCAUGGAAGAGGACAAGUAUUUUGAGUACAUCCCUUUCACCUGGACCCUGUGCAAUAAUCGCAGGAACACCUUUCUCUCCACGAAAUCACUUGUAGAGAUGAUGGUGAUUUCGUUCCUUAAUUACCAAGCCGAUGAAUUCAUGGAAGCGGUGGUCGGAAGACUCAACAGCAGCCAGAGAUCCAUGGCCCGGUCCUGCAUCGACGAGAUAUUCCUCGACCUCAAGGACAAUACGGAAAUGAACGAGAAAAUGCAGCCUGAUACAGAGACCACAGACAAAAACGGCUACAAGACCCUGCCCCAAGUCAAACGAACCAAGACGGGGUCGCGACUCCCGAGCGAAGUGGCAACCGUCCUCAGCGCCUUUGUCCACCACGUCAUGAAUCAUCCCAGCGUGGAGGCCGCAGCACCCCUCGAGUACAAGCGAGUCAAGGACGAGCUGAAAAUAUUCCUGCUGUCGCAUAUCAAGCAGGCAGACGACAACGGCCGCUUCGCUGCCCAGCCGGAGUCCACCCGCGACAACUUCGAAACCGCCCGCUCCAGCUUCUACCGAUGGGUGUACUCCACCUCGUCCGACCACACCUCCUGCCCCUACUCUUUUGCCUUCUACCAAUGCCUGCUGGGAUCCGAGCACGCGUCCAGCGACGCCGCGUGCUUCCGGACCUGCGAAGAGAAAUAUGUUGCCGAAGCAAUGUGCCGCCAUCUCGCCGUGACGUGCCGCAUGUACAACGAUUACGGGUCUCUUGCCCGUGACCGCGACGAGAAGAAUCUCAACUGCGUCAACUUUCCUGAGUUCGCCCCGGCCGGGCCAAAAUCGGAUGCGGUCCGGCAGAAGCAGCUGUUCUCGCUCGCCCAGUUUGAGCGGUCGAAUGUGGAACGAGGCUUGGAGGUAUUGACGGAAAUGGCGGCGCAGGAUAGAGCCAGGAUGAGGGUUCUGGAGAAGGUGCAGAUGUUUUGCGAUGUGACGGAUUUGUACGGGCAGAUUUACGUGGCGAGAGAUAUUGCUACUCGAAUGUAA